GUUGGCUUGGGGGCGGGGGACGGUCCGCUCGCCCCAGUCUGGCCGCGCCGACUUGGUACUCUCCAGUCUGGUCCCUCGCCCCGUGGGGCCACUCUCGGCGCUUCAGCGCCUCCGGGAAAGGGCCCCAUGAGUGGUUUGAACAGCAGCGUUGGGUAUAGUGGGGCAGGAAGUCCCCUCCUGCGUCCCGUCCCUUUGCUUCCUUUUUCAAAUACUUCUUGUGGUUUCCUGACGCGAGGGAAGCUGCAGGCCCAGAAACUGCGACUGGCCUACACGAGGAGCUGCCACUACGGCGGGUCCCUGCCGGACGUGAACCAGAUUGGCUGCGGCCUGGCCGAGCUCCAGAGCCCCCUCCACUCACCGUCGGACUCGUCCCGGAGCACUCGGCACCACGGGCUGGUGGAACGGGUGCAGCGAGAUCCCCGGAGGAUGGUGUCCCCACUCCGCCGCUACCCCCGCCACAUUGACAGCUCUCCCUACAGCCCUGCCUACUUGUCCCCUCCCCCGGAGUCCAGCUGGCGGAGGACAAUGCCUUGGGGCAAUUUCCCUGCAGAGAAGGGGCAGUUGUUCCGACUUCCGUCCGCACUUAACAGGACAAGCUCUGACUCUGCCCUUCACACGAGCGUGAUGAACCCCAGCCCUCAGGACACGUACCCAGGCCCCGCACCUCCCAGCAUCCUGCCCGGCCGCCGUGCAGGUUAUCUGGAUGGUGACAUGGACUCCAAAGCCCUGUCAUCUUCAGUCUGUCUCCCUCAAGCCCCAGCUAUUGAGGAGAACCUGCUCGCUGACAAGCACCUGCUAAAGCCCUGGGAUGCCAAGAAGCUGUCCUCGUCCUCCUCCCGACCUCGGUCCUGUGAAGUCCCUGGAAUUAACAUCUUUCCGUCCCCUGACCAGCCCGCCAACGUGCCUGUCCUCCCACCUGCCAUGAACACGGGAGGCUCCCUGCCUGACCUCACCAACCUGCACUUUCCCCCACCGCUGCCCACCCCCCUGGACCCCGAGGAGACGGCCUAUCCCAGUCUGAGUGGGGGCAACAGCACCUCCAAUCUGACCCAUACCAUGACCCACCUGGGCAUCAGCGGGGGCCUGGGCCUCGGCCCGGGCUAUGAUGCGCCAGGACUCCACUCACCUCUCAGCCACCCGUCCUUGCAGUCCUCCCUAAGCAAUCCCAACCUCCAGGCCUCCCUGAGCAGCCCGCAGCCGCAGCUGCAGGGCUCCCACAGUCACCCCUCGCUGCCCGCCUCCUCCUUGGCCCGCCACGCACUGCCCAGCACGUCCCUGGGUCACCCCUCACUCAGCGCCCCGGCCCUGUCCUCCUCCUCCGCUUCCUCUCCUGGGCUGGGCGCCCCCCCUUACCCAGCUUCUGCCCCCGGGGCCUCCCCCCGCCACCGCCGCGUGCCCCUCAGCCCCCUGAGUUUGCCCGCGGGCCCAGUCGACGCCAGAAGGUCCCAACAGCAGCUGCCCAAACAGUUUUCGCCAACAAUGUCACCCACCUUGUCUUCCAUCACUCAGGGCGUCCCCCUGGACACGAGUAAACUGCCCACCGACCAGCGGCUGCCUCCGUACCCCUACAGCCCCCCAAGUCUGGUUCUGCCCACCCAGCCACCUACCCCAAAGCCUCUGCAGCAGCCGGGGCUGCCCGCUCAGGCCUGCUCAGUGCCGUCCACAGGCAGGCAGCCCCCAGGCAGGCAGCCGCACGGCGGGCCGCUCUACCCACCCAGCUCCAGCGGGCACGGGCAGCGGUCUUAUCACCGGCCGGCGGGAGACUUCGGCCUGGGGGACCUGGAGCAGUUCAGCAUGCAGAGCCCGUCAGCCAGCCUGGCGCUGGAUCCCCCUGGCUUUUCAGAAGGGUCUGGAUUUUCGGGGGGUGAGGGGCCAGUGAGCGGCCUCCAGGACCCCCAUGCCCUCAACCACCAAAACCUGACCCACUGUUCCCGCCUUGGCUCAGGGCCUAACGUCAUCCUCACAGGCGACCCCUCCCCUGGUUUCUCUAAGGAGAUCGCAGCGGCCCUGGCCGCCGUGCCUGGCUUCGAGGUGUCAGCGGCUGGGUUGGAGCUCGGGCUGGGGCUGGAGGACGAGCUGCGCAUGGAGCCGCUGGGCCUGGAGGGGCUCAGCAUGCUGAGCGACCCCUGUGCCCUGCUGCCGGACCCUGCUGUGGAGGACUCAUUCCGCAGUGACCGGCUACAGUGAGGACGCGUGUCGCCUCCCCUCAUCUUGGCCCUGUUCCCCAUCACUGUCCCUCCUCUCCCUUCCCCCUGGCCAGUAGAGACUCCACUCUCUGCCCCCGGAUCCUUUCUAACGUGAAUGCGGGGUCCUGAGAAUGAUAAAAAGCGAGGGGUUUGUCCAGGUGGCUCCUGAAUUCUGCACAAGGGGUGGGCCUGGGGGAGCUCAAGGGAGGGUCUAAAGCACUUGUAACUUUGAACGGUCUGUCUGGAGGUCAGAGCCUGUUGGAGAAAGGGCGGGUAGAGGGGAGCCCCGGAGGCGGGGCUAGUCCAGAUGCCUAGGGGUGGGCAGUGCCAGCCCCUCCUCACCACUCUUCCCUUUGCAGUGGAGGAGAGAGCCAGAGUGGAUAUUAUUUUUUAUUAAAUAUAUUAUAUGUUAAUAAAAAAAUAUCAAACCUU